AAUUUUUAUAGAUGUGUUUGUAAGUGCAUCUUUUAGAUAUAAUUAAGCCAAAUUUACGUUUUUCCUACUACAUAUACAAUACAAUAGGAUAUGUUUAAAUUCAAGAACAUCCACUGUAUAGGGCUCACCUGCCAUAAUUGCAAGCAAUUGACCAUUAAGUACCGGCUUCAAUUAAAAUAUCCUCGGGUUUUAAUAUUAAAUGACUGGGGUUCGUUUUCAACAAAACAGAAAUGAACCUUCUGCACUACGAGUUAAAUGUCAAAUCUAGACCAAGGAUGGUUCAAUCUACAUCUUAUUUCGUCCGCCACGAUCAUCACAAUAGGAAUGUGGAUUAACAGGCGCCGUUCUUCUUCAGUAUACAAUGAGGAGGAUUCGAAAUGUGGUUUGGGCACAUUCAAGCCAGACUGGCUUCAAAAAAUGGCGAGUAAAAAAGUGUUCAUUGUGAUAUUUGGCUUGCUUGGCAUGAAUGAGAUAGCAGUAGGAUCAUAUUUUGUAGGUACAAUAAGUACAAUUGAAAAAAGAUUCAAAUUGCCGAGUUCAACAACAGGAAUGAUUUCGAGUUCCUGGGAUGCAGGAGCAACUGUCGCUUUAAUAUUUAUUGCUUACUAUGGUGGAACUGGCCACAAAACACGAUGGGUCGCCAGGUGCAGUAUAUUUGCUGGAAUCGCUUGUUUUAUGAUUUACCUACCACAUUUAAUCUUCGGCCCUGGAGAACUCUACACCAGCCCCAAGAACAUGACUUCAGGAAAUUCAUCAUAUUUAAGCUAUGGGAAUCUUUGUUCUGACCCAAACCAACCGGUAGAGAACUGUUCUUUAAAUUCUGAGGGAAGGAUCGCUUUAAUAAUUUUGAUCUGUGCAUACUUACUUUUGGGGGUUGGAACAAGUUCUUACUACACUUUAGGUGCUGCCUACUUGGAUGACAACGUUAUGAAAAAUAAGUUUCCAUUCUUAUUUGCUCUUGUUGCAUGCAUUCGUUAUGUUGGACCAACAUUGGGGUACUUAACUUCCUCCUACACACUGAGCACAUAUGUUGAUCCAAAUGUGACACCUGAUUUCACUCAAGAAGAUCCGAGGUGGAUUGGAGCUUGGUACAAAGCAUGGAUACCAUUUGGAACCAUUGAAAUGACUUUAGCAUUGGGGAUUGCUUUUUUCCCUAGAUUACUCCCUAGAGAAGCAGAUAGGCGCAAACAGAAUGACAAUAUGCGUAAGACAAAGAAAAAGCAAUCAUUACAAGAUUUCAAAGAGACGAUUGGGCGCCUUUUGAAAAAUCCUGUGCUUAUGUUCAAUACAUUCAGUUCAACUUUUUAUGUUUUUGGCCUGAUGGGCUACUGGAUAUUUAUGCCCAAGUACAUCGAAACUCAGUUUCGCCAGACUGCUUCUAAAGCAAGCCUUAUCACAGGAACUGUCGGCCUUGUGUGCACUGCAGUUGGAGUUGUUUCAUCAGGUGCGGUAAUAUCGAAGUUCAAACCUCGACCAAGAUACUUGGCUGCAUGGAACGUUUUCACAGAGCUUAUUGAUGUAAUUGGGCACAUUUCCUUUGCCUACAUUGGUUGUUUCAAGGAAGAUUUCCACGGGUCUUACAACGACGAAGGGAGCUGGGAUUUGAUCAAAAGCUGUAAUUCGAACUGCAGCUGCAGCACAAAUAUGCAAUACACACCAGUAUGUUCUUAUGACAAUAAAACAACAUUUUAUUCACCUUGCCAUGCAGGUUGCUUGACUUCUACUAUAGCCGACAAUGGAGCAAAAAUUUUCUCUAACUGUAGUUGCAUAGGAGGUCUAGGACAAGCAGUUGACGGUGCCUGCCCUGUUGAAUGUGAAAACCAGUUUUACAUUUUUUUGGUAAUUUUGUGUUUUAUGAAAUUUCUAUCAUCCACUGGUCGAUCUGGUAACACUAUAAUUCAAUAUAGGUCUGUUGCACCUGAAGACAAAGCUAUUUCAAUUGCCUUUACUGAGGUCAUUCUUGCUGUUAUAACAUUUAUACCGUCACCUAUAAUUUAUGGCUUACUUUUAGAUUCAUCGUGUCUGGUCUGGGGCCAGACUUGUGGAAAGACGGGCAACUGUUGGCUCUACCAUGGAAAGGAGUUGCGAUAUCUUCUCAAUUUCACGUCAUCAGCGUUCCUGUUGCUUGGCACGUUGUUGGAUAUAGGUGUCCUUUACAACGUCGGGUCACUACAAAUAUACGAUGAAGUGGCCUUGAACGAAGAACAAACCAAAUCCGAUAAAGACAAUGAACAACCAUUGCUGGACUUAAAGCCUAACUCGGCGAAUCAUAUACAUACAGAAAAUGCAAACAGUUAAAUUGAUACCAUCUCUUUAAAAUAUUAUUUGUACAUAAAAUUUUUAUUUUAUAUGUAUAUAUUUUGUAACUGACAUGCUAA